AUGAAGGUGAAGAACACGCUGUUCAUCUUCGGGUCAGGAGAGUGCGGCCAGCUGCCGCCCGAGUACUGCGCGGACUACGUGCAGGUGAACCCGACGGCCGUGCAGAACCUCCCGAACGACAUCGACCAAGUCGUUUGUGGAUCCAUGCACACAAUUAUAAAGACGAAGGAUGAUAGGCUGUUCUCCUUCGGGUGCAACGACAUGGGCGUUCUCGGUAGGAAGACUCAUGCCAACAGUACGAAGGACCCCGAACACUCCCCAACGUUACUGAACUUCACCUGCAAGUCAAAGAUUAAAAAAAUCAGCUGCGGUGAUAACCACACAGCGGUUCUUCUGGAAGAUGGAAAGGUCUACAUUACGGGGGGGUUUAGGGACUCCUGUGGGGUUAUAGGUCUUCCUUCCUUCCAUAAAAAGGGGGAAAUAAUACCCAAAUCGGAAGAAUUCGUGGAGGUAAAGUUUUCCUACGCGUACGAUGGGAACGCCUCAGAUGGUUACGCUGACGAGGUGGAGAAACCCAUGCAGGAGGGGGAGGUCAUAAUAAGUAACAUAAUAUCGGGAGAAGACCACCUCGUGUGUCUGGAGCAGAGUGGUGAGUACAUAUACACCAUGGGGAACAGUGACUCAUGCCAAGUAUGCAACACCUUCUACGAUGUAGAAAAUGCGCAUGAGAUAAGGAACAGGUACAUCUUCCCCAACCGGUACCAUUUCAAGGAUCUUGGGUUCACUUCAAAGUUUAGGGACAUCUACUGUGGUGGUAACAACACGUUUGUUCAGUUAGAAGCAUCCUUAGAUGUGUAUGCAAUUGGAAGAAAUGCCUACGGAUCAUGUGGCGUAUCCAUGAGAGAUAACAUUAUAAAGAAGUUUGCAAAAAUUGAAGAGCUGUCUUCGAAAGAAAUUGUGCAACUCUGUGGUGGACAAAGCUUUACCGUCUGUUUACUUAAAAAUAAUGACCUCUACAUUUGGGGUAACCGCGAAAUAUUGGGCAUGGAAUCUGAGGAGGACGCCUACUCUCCGCAAGAAUUAACGUACUUCAAAAAGAAGAAACAUCUCAUUAAAACCAUUUCUUGUGGAACGGACCACUGCCUAGUCUUAACGGAGAGUGGGAAGCUCUUCGGAUGGGGCACGGGUGGAAACGACUUUGAAGAAGACACAUGCAUCGCUGUUAUAGAAAAGAAUGAACCCUCAGAAAUUGGCUUCCACAACUUUGUUACAAAAACGUUCAGCAAAGGUAGGAAAGAGAGCGAAGUAUCUAUUAGCCAUAUUCAAAUUGUGUCCUUCGCGGGGGGAUCAUCCCACUGUGCUUUUAUUACAUCCCAUGAGGACUCUGACAGGAUGUCUAUUAAGAGAGGUCACGAUGAAAUAUAUGAGGAAGAAGAUAUGUUCGCGAAAAAACACAGAAGGGAAAACUUCCCCCAGGUGGAAAUGGACGCGGGGCAAAAGGAGGCGGUACAUGAGGAAGAUGCAACGAAUGAACAGGGUACAGAUUUUUCCCUUAUGGACAAACCUGAAAAGUUAGGAACUGGAGAGAACAAAAAAGGAAGCUUCUUCAAAGACCUCUUCUACAACCCACAAACACCAGUUAAUAGUAAGUACUACAUACAGUCAAAGGAUUUAGAAAACAUGGACAGCGAUCUUUUAGGCACCGUGGAUAAGACCACCGUCAGUAAGGACACUCAGAAAAGGAGAAGAAGUGUUAAAACUAAGCCCUACUUAAGCAAUGAAAGUCCCACCAGGAGACAACCAAGGAGGUCUUGCAAAGAAAACAUCAACCUGAGUGAAAAGACUUAUAGGCAAUUCUACCAAAUUGUGGACACCCCUAUAUCGAAGAAGAAACGGAAGACGACACCUUCUUCUAUGAGCAGGAACGUUAAGAUGAGGGGGUCCCCAUCUGAGAGGACCAGCAAGUCUAGGUCCGUUGGUGGAAAGAGAGAAAGCGUAGAAAGGUCCUACUCUAAGAGAGACAACCCCAAACAUGAAUUCGCUUCGCAGACACCCGAUGCGAAGGUUGUGAGGGUGAAAUCAUCCAAAAUGAAGAAUUAG